AUGGCUACCUUCACUCAACUGUUCAGAGGAGGUCAGUCAACCAGAUUAGACAAGAUUACGAAGAACAUCCGAAGGCCAGCCAUUUACAAUAGAAAUUAUCAUCAUAAGAUGCUAAGGAGAAAAAAGCAGAGCGCCAUUGAGGAAAAGGUUGAUAUCCAGAGUAUUUUAAGAAGUUCAGAAAAAAGUUCAAGUGAAUCAUCUAGCAUGAGGCACAGUGUCAGCGAUGCCAAUAGUCUUACUGCAGCCAAAAAGCCUUCUAAGAAUGUCAAUAUUCAAAUGUGGCAGAGAUCGCAAGAACGAACAUCCUUACUGAGGAAGGGUGAAAAAAGGUAGCGUAGCUUACCGUUUUAAUUGUAAAGGCACUUUUCAUUGACUUCCCCAGGGUCAACGCCGGUGUAGUAGCAAAAUGUAUCCCCGUCUUGGUUAUAGGUUUACCUUCAAAAAUGACGACCCGUGACAUGUGUAUUCCCAGCCCCUACUAUUUAACAUGGUUUAACACUUGACCAAACUAGAGGAUGCAGGGCGACUUAUUUACAGAUCAUGGCACCACUUUGUAAUUCUAGUUGCAUUACCCCUUGUUCUUCAAGAACCACUUAUAAGAUGGACCUCAGUAGCUCUUUAUUCUAUGAUUACUAUCUUGUUUUGAAAUAGGCUCAGGUGAAUAGUGCUUUCUGCGUGCGCUGAUUGGCUGGUUUGGAAGUGAUUAGUCAGUACUAUUCACCUCCAAGCAACCAAAGAGACAAAUUUUGCCCGUCAACAAUUAAAUUUUGGACCAUAUUUUGGGUGUAUUGACAGAACUAGAUUAAUAAUUUAUUUUUGGUUUCUCUAUGGUAUAUACUGAAACAACUAUUCACCUCAGCUUGCAGCUUGGUGAAUAUCCACCUCUAUUCACCUCCACUUUGAUGAAGAAUAGUUGAUUAUAGGUCAGCUGUAGUGUAAAUGCACUAGCAUUCUGACACAAUUGCUGCAAUCUGAUUGGUGACACUUCUUACUAUCUACAGUUGUAUUCUGUAAUAGAUAGAGAGUAAAGUGCAUAGCCUAACAGUUGGAGUUUGUAAUCAAAAUAAAUAAAACCAUGAAAUGUUUUUAUUAAGUUUGAAAUAUUAGAAGAUUUAUACAUUAAAACUAUUUGGUUGUUUACUCUGAAUUUCUAUGCUUGGUAGUUGGUGGGGGCUUUCUGUUCAUCAGCUAUCAUGUGAUAGAAAUCUUGAGCUCAUAAUCUAAUUAUUAAUUACUUGUUUCAUAAAACUUAGAUCAGUUUGCCAGGGAAAUUUGCAAUUGGUUAUUAUGUCUUUUCAUUUAAACUCACGGAUUAGUUUUCUGGUAACUAAACUUAAUUGAAUUACACAAGUAUGCAGGUUAGUUUUAUAACUCUGAGUGGUUUGAAUUUGAAAGUCACAUCAAGCCAUUCCAGCCAACAAAAGCCUCUCAGUUUGGGUUGAGCCAAAAUUCUUCUAGCAUGGUGUUAAGGGUUAUUUAUACUAUUACAAUUCAGUCUUUCUCUCUCUGAAUAGAAAAGAUAGGGAACUCGAGGCCCCCAUCAACAGAACCUUUUCUAAGCAAAUAUACUACAGAAGUGCACUUUCCCACAGAAAACAAUCAAGAAGUUUUUUUUCAUAAAAUCUCCUCAUAAUUCAUAUGAUUUUCCCACAUUCAGGGAAUUUUGGCUUUGGCAAAAAUCAGUGAAAAUAUUUAUGUAGAGAAGAGAAACAUAAAGCAUAUAAACUUCACUACAAUUAUAACCAAUAUAUAGAUUUAGCCAAGCCUAAAAGUGGAGCUUGCAUUUCUUUUUCCGCAUUUCUUUUUCCGCAUUUCUUUUUCCGCACGUCUCAAGGGCACAACGCCUUGCCCUGGCCAGGAUUAGAACCCAGGUCAUCCAACUCAGAGCCCAGUGCACUGACCACUGGACUAUUGGACAAAGCCAAGGCGUUUGGUGCCCGCAGUACAGUUGACCACGCAUGUUAAAAGUAGCACCUUGUACAGUUGUACGGUUGUACAUCCAAGUUUUUUCGGCUUGAUGGGUUACUACUAUUUAAUAAUGGGGCUACGCUCUGCGAGCUAAUAAUAAUAAUAAUAAGGACUUUAUUUAUAGAGGGGGACACGUAACAGCUGAAAAGCUGACAAACCUGUGGCCCUCUAACUAGAUUAUACAGCAUUACAAAAUAAUACUAAUAAAUAGAUAAAUAUACAAAUAAUUACAAAAUUCUAUGAUAGAAAUAGCAGGAUAUAUUAAAAAUAUUCAGAAAGAUAAAAUUAAUUUAUAAAAAAUUAAAAUUAGAUAAUGUGCUAUUGCUUAAUAUUGUUUCAAAGUUGUCCAGGUUUCUAUAUGAGCUUAUAAAAUACUUUUUCACAGCUGUUUUGAAUAGUUUUAUACUAGGCUUAUUUUUGAUAUUAUGGGGAAGGCUGUUCCAUAACUUAACUGCGUCAACACUGAAUGCCUUGCCACCAUCGUUAUUUCUUAGGUAUUUGGGACACACUAAAUUUAAAUUGCCAUGUCUAGUAGACCUAUUGUGUACAGAACUGUUCGUCUUGAGCAAGUCUCUGAUGUAAAUCGGAACAUCGCCUUUAAGGCUCUUAAAAAUCAUUGUACACUUAUUUAGUUUGAUUUCAUCAAAAAAAGGCAACCAGCCUAGUUUACUAAAGUUUAUAACACUUCUAGAAUAAGAGUCAACUCCAAGGAUUACUCGGGCAGCCCUUUUCUGUAACCUUAGGAGACAGUGGAGUUCUUUAGCGUCGCAGAUAUUCCAAACCAUGCUCCCAUACAUAAGGACGGGUUUAAUCAAGGCGUUAUAGUAUAAGAGUCUUUUUUUUUAUUGGAAGGUACCUCUUUAUCUUCUUCAAUAAACCAAUACGCUGAGAAAGCUUGGCCUUUAGACUAGAAAUGUGGUCGCUAAAUGUAAGAUCUUGAUCGAGUGUUACACCAAGCAAUUUAUAAGAAGUUACUUGUUCUAUUUCGGCCCCAUCAAGGGUUAUUGACAGGUGAUUGCCUUCCGCUAAUGAUGAAUGUAGCCUCUUUCCGGUGAUAAGUAAUGCAUUGGUUUUAACGGCGUUUAGGACCAUCCCAUUUUCGCUAGACCAUUUACUUAAUUUAUCCAUGUAUUCUUGAAGACGUCGUUCCAAUUCCAAAGGUGCAUUAUCGAUAUUAGCGCUGGCUUUAAAUGUGGUGUCAUCCGCGUAAGCAUGAAUAGUUGAGUCCGAUCCAACAGCUUCGGGAAGAUCAUUGACGAAAAUUAAAAACAGUAGAGGUCCUAAUAUGCUACCUUGAGGAACUCCAUUGGUUAGCGUAAGUUGUGACGAAGUCGAGUUAUUUACAGUAACACACUGUUUGCGAUUGAGUAGAUAGCUCUGCAAUAGCUUUACAACAUUAUCUGGAAAUCUAUAUGAUCUUAACUUUAUCAGGAGAAUGUCAUGAUUGAUCAAGUCGAAUGCCUUGCUAUAGUCCACAAAAACUAAGCCGCUGACGUUGUUCUUAUCAAGGUCAAGAAGGACUUGGUCCAGAAGAAACAACAAAGCAGUAUCCGUGGAGUGGUUUUACGGAACCCUGAUUGGAAGCGGUAUAAAAGUGAAUUUUCUGUUAAGUAGGUGUUCACAGCAUUGAAGAUGUGUCUUUCAAAGACUUUAGAAAGAAUAGGCAAAAUGCUAAUAGGACGAUAGUUUUGAAUAUCUUGCUUGUUUCCUUGAUUCUUGAAAAGAGGUUUAACCUUUGCUAUUUUCCAUUGUGAGGGAAAUGUACAAGUUUCAAUACAGUGAUUUAUAAUUUUAGCUAUGGAGCAUGAUAUUUCAGGAGCUGCAAUCCUUAGAACUCUGGCACCAAGCCCAUCGAUUCCCGUGGCUUUGUGUGUAGGUAUACUUAGAAGAUAAUCGUUAACCUCACUAGGAGUUAUUUGCGGAAUAAGAUUUUCAAUUUGACUGUUAGAUUUGUCUGGUGGACCAGGAAGAGCAUCAUAAUGAAGUACAGGUGUCGACUUUAUGAGACGUUUAUAUACAUCAACGAAGAAGCGGUUAAAGCGUUCAGCGAUUGAAUGGUCAUCCUUUAUCAAGUUGUUGUUUUUCGUCAGCAAUAGGGACGGAGUCGUCGUUAUUCUUUGUAUCUUUAGAUAGGUCUUUAAUUAAAGACCAAAGUUUCUUUGGACAUUUUGAUUUUUACUGAACUGAGUUUUAAAGUACUGUUCCUUCGCAUUUCUUAGUUUCCUCGUCACUUUGUUUUUAACCAGUUUAAAAGCAGACCAAUCUUGCUUAUUUUGUGUUCUCCUGGCCCUCUUUAGAAGAUUAUCGCGUUUAUUUAUUUCGUUGUAUAGAUCAUUAGUGAACCAUUUUGGCUGAUUGAUUUUCUUCACACUCUUGGACUUUAAAGGUGCGUGAUUAUCAAGAAUGUCAUUAAAGAUUUUGUACCAAGAUUCAACAAUGUCAUCGGCAUCUCGAAAAACAAAGGAGAUAUCCCAAGGGGCUUCUCUGAGGUCUCGCAGAAAGCACUCUUUGUUGAUUUUGUCGAUAUUUCUGUAUUUGAUUUUGGAAUGUUGUUUACGUUGUGCAUCCAUGGUUUUGUAGCACCUCAAGAUGGUGACCGGAAGGUGAUCGGAAAGUCCAGAUUUACCUAUGGAUACUUCUCUAAUUCUAGCAGGAUGACUAGAAUAAAUAUGGUCUAAGCACGCAUCAGAGGCAGGUCUUGUUACCCCAUUUACCAUCUGCGUUAGUCCAAGACUGUUCAGUGCCUUUGCGAGACAAUGUUUUGAAUAACAGUUGAAAUCAAUAUAAUCCAAAUUAAAGUCUCCCAGAAUAAUCAAUUCAUUGUUUUGGAGAUGGGCAUUUUCAAUAUUUUUACCCAAGCUCUCAUUAUAAUCUUUGUUGGCUGAAGGUGGACGGUAAACACCAGAUAUCAAAAUCGGUCUCUUUGAUUUAUGAGGACAAAUUUGAAGCCAGAGAGUUUCAAGAUCAUCCAGUUCCAAAUCUCUUCGACGUAAAGCCAUAACUUUCUCAUUUACAUACGCAAAUAUGCCGCCACCUUUCUUCCCGAUUCGAUCUUUUCUGUGUAAUGUGUAGCCGGGUAUCAUGUAAUAGCUGUUUGGAAUUUUACUUGAUCCGAACGUCUCAGUGAGAAUUAAGACGUCGAGUUUAGCAGCACUGUUGUUAUUCGAGGUGAGCAUUAGCGAUAGUUCUUCCAAUUUGGUGUCAGUCAGUCGUUGGAUGUUCCAGUGGCAGACUGAUAAACCUCUGAAGCCUGCAGGUGGUUGAAGAUUAUUAGGCCCUGGAUUGACGGCAAUAUCGCCAGAUAGAAGAAUGCACAGACAAAAUUGGCCAAGCUUGAUGAACCGCAACAACGCGUGAAGCUUCAAAUUCAAUUCGCAAGGUGUGCAUUUCGAAGGCUUUGACUUACAGUUGAACGUAGGUGGAGCAGAUAUUUCCUUCCCAAUGAAGAGUGUAACUGUAGAGCGAUCGAAUUCAGGUGUAAUUGAAGUAAAUUGGCCAAGUAAAACGCUGAAAAUAGUCAAUAGAAGCACGACUGCAAAAAUAUGUCUGCACGCCAUGACUAAUUUAUUCUCUUAUAGCUCUGCUAUUAACACCAACUUGUUACACUAUUUAAUAUGUCUCUAUUUUCAGGGUGGCUAUUAUAGCAGUUGUGUCAAUGCUGAUUGGAUUUGUGGCCAUUAAAUCAUUUGUUUCUGGUAAUUGAGGCUAUUGUCAUUCUUUUAGAUACACUACAUUAUUGAUUUAAAGUUGUUAGUGUAGGUUAAAAGUCUUUUCUUAGAGGAGGAGUUACUUCAAAACCACAAAAUUUUAUCAUUACCAUGAAAAAGUUAACAAAUCUACCACAACUGUCUAUUAUCUCUAACCUUACUGAUCACACAAAUGACAUCAACAAUGUUCAAAACUGGAGUUAAACCACUAGUCGCAGCAGAGUAGUUUCUCUGCAAAGUUUGGAGUAUUGAAGUUGAUUUUUUUUUUACUGUAACAGUGAGUUUUUUGCUGCUUUUACAUGAAAGUUUUUGGUAGUGCUUCAACUUUUCUGGAAUUGGGGAAGGAAAUAUUAAUCCACAAGAGUAUUUGUUAACCCAGGAGUGAUUAGAAUACAACUUCUCCCCACAAUAUCCAUACAUAUAUUCAGCAAACAGGUAAUGAGAAUAUUCAAACUUAUCAGGUAGAAGCUGCUAUUUUCAUCUAGCACCAAGUUCUCAUAACCAAUUUACAAGGAAAUGUGUAGCAGUUAGAGGGGAGAAUUAACAAUGAGAUCUUGGGAGUUAAAGGGUUAGAAGCUAUUAGGAAAUUCUAGUUCAUGGAAUUGUUUCCAAAUUUUCUGCACAAAGAGAAUCGCAUAGGAGGACUGUUUUAAAAAUGUGUGAAGUGUAUGUCAGGACAAAGACUACUGGAAGCAUUUGCCAUUUGUAUAAACUGCAUACUGAUUGGUUGGUUCAGAAGUGAUUAGCAAGUACUAUUCACCUCCAGGGAGCUGAAAAAACAAAAUCACGCAUCAAGAGUUAACUUUUGGCUAAUUUUUUGGUUCUUGUGUUGCAUGGACAAAAACAAUUAUUUACAUAAAUGUCAAUAAAUAUCCACCACUGAUUACCUGUAGUCUGGUGAGUGAUUGUUAACUCUCGUUUUUCUCUCUAAUUGUAGUUGGUAAAAAAUGGAGAAUCUCUGGUGACUCAGUUGGGGAGCAGUCUUCAUAA